AUAAACGCUUAUCAAUAUCGACCGACUCUCCGAGUCUUGUGCACAUCGUUUUAUCAAUUAUUAUUAUUGUUGGCGGAACGCGUAUUAUUAAUAUUACAAUAAUUGUAAAUUGUUACUACUGCUUCGUGAUUUACUAUCGUCCGGUUGUGCGUUUAAAAUUUAAAUAAUCUAUUUCCCAUCAUAACGUCGUUUGUGUUCCUCGCGGCGCGGAGUAAUACGCAUUGUAAAUAAUUUUUUAUCCGCUAAAUCGUUUUUGUUUUUAAUGUCAACCGUUCGGUCGUUGGCGUCUGCGGCCGGAUUCCGGCUCUCUCGUUGAACGGUCUAGUUGGUUGGUGCAGACGACGAUGGUCCGACGGACGGCUGACGACGAAAUAUGUCGACAUAAUUAUCGCCACGGUGUCGACGGCAUGAACCGCCGGGCAUAGAAACGAUCGACGACCUCAAGAGAGCACCGGGACGAGAGUCGAAUCGUUUCGGGACAGGACUGCACAGCAGUUCGCAUUGCACGCCCUACGCCGACACGUCCGAGAAGGCGAGAUAUUCAACGGUUUAUAAACGACAUGCAGUUACGACGAAACAAUACAAACUAACCAAUGGAUUUCAUUAGACGGACAUCACUGUUGUUGGUAUUAUCGUCGUUACUCGUCAGGCAAUCAACACAAGUCAAUUUAGAUCCUCCUAGUGGAUAUUGUGCUCAGUAUAAUGGGAAGAUAUGCAGAAAGUAUUUAAAUGCUUCAAUACUUAUAUGGUUUAAUAACACUUUAACAAAUGAAGGAAGUGAACAAAAUGAAAUAAUCACUACAGGUCUAUGGGAAGAAAUGUUACCUAGCUUUUCAAAAACAUGUAGACCAGCAGCUGAAAAACUUCUAUGUUUAUACGCAUUUCCUCAUUGUAAUCAAGAUAAGUCUUAUUUUCCACUUUGUUACGAAGAUUGUAUUGCUGUACGAGAAUUAUUUUGCUAUAAAGAAUGGGCAUUGAUUGAAGCAAAUAAACAAAGGGGAAUUUUUUAUAAAUCUAAAGGACAUUUUUCUUUACCAAUUUGUGAGAACUUACCACAUAACUCGCAGAAUGGUAAACCUGUAUGUUCACAUGCCAUGCUCACAGAGCUUAAACAAGACGAAAUAACUAUUGAUUGCAUUCGUGGCAAUGGUCGUUUCUAUCAAGGAUAUAUUAAUGUUACUAAAUCGGGUUUGCCAUGCCAAAGAUGGGAUUCAAAAGUUCCACAUGAAUUUGUUAGACCACCAAAUGUAUUUCCUGAAGUUCAAAAUUCUGAAAAUUAUUGCCGAAAUGCUGGAGGUGAAGUGUCUUCUCCGUGGUGUUAUACUAUGGAUCCUGAUGUGAGAUGGCAAAAAUGUGAUGUACCCCUUUGUGACAAAAAUGAAACUGAAUUAGUGGAAACAAAACUUGAUAUCAUUAAUAAUGACACGGCUAUAAAUACCAUUACAAUGAUCAUAAACCAUAUUGAAACGUUCAUUGAUCAAACAUCAACACGACAUCUACAUAUAUUUCUUGUGAUUGUUGCAGUUUUGAUACUUUUAGUAUCAGUUUUAAUAUUAGUGCUGUGCAACAAGUUGUUGUCCAAUAAAAAUUCAUACAGAUCAACACAAACUCGAGAAGUUGAUAUAGAUUUAGAUAAAUUACCAAGUAAUUCUGCAUAUCAUCAAUAUGGAAUGUGUUCAAACCCAAAAUUAGAAAAACUUGAAUUUCCCAGAAACAAUAUAAUAUAUGUAAAAGACUUGGGUCAAGGAGCAUUUGGGCGUGUAUUCCAGGCCAAAGCACCGGGCCUGUUGAAAGACGAAGAAUUUACGUUGGUUGCUGUAAAAAUGUUAAAAGAUGAAGCUUCAAAUGAUCUACAAGUCGACUUUGAACGAGAAGCUUGCUUGUUGUCAGAAUUCGAUCAUCCUAAUAUUGUUAAGUUGUUGGGAGUUUGUGCUUUAGGUAAACCAAUGUGUUUACUUUUUGAAUACAUGGGUCGUGGCGACUUAAAUGAAUUUCUUCGUUCAUGUGCACCAAGCAAUUACAUUGUACAUUCAACUGAAGCUAGGGGUGAUGUUUUUCGUGAUUUAAAUCUUACAAAUUUGGACAUGUUAAAAAUAGCUCAACAGAUUGCUUCUGGUAUGGUUUAUCUAUCUGACAGAAAAUUUGUGCACAGAGAUUUAGCAACAAGAAAUUGUUUGAUUGAUGACACAAUGACAGUAAAAAUAGCAGAUUUUGGGCUUUCGCAAAAAAUGUAUUUACAAGACUAUUACAAAGGUGAUGAACAUGAUGCGAUACCUGUUAGAUGGAUGCCUUUAGAGAGUAUUCUUUACAAUAAAUAUACAGUUGAAUCAGAUGUUUGGGCAUUUGGUGUGUGUCUUUGGGAAAUUUUUUCUUUUGCUCUUCAACCGUAUUAUGGCAUGACACAUGAAGAAGUCGUUAAGUUCAUCAAAGAUGGCAACGUUAUGAAUUGUCCUGAAAAUACUCCAAAAUUGGCAUAUGAGCUUAUGAAACAAUGCUGGAGUCGAAAACCAGAUUCACGUCCAACUUUCCGUACAAUUUAUCAGACUUUAGAAAAUGUUCGACAAGAAGUUGUUUGCCGUAUGAAUGGUGGUCUGCCUUCACAUGCCCAUUUGUGAUUUACUGUAAUAUGUGGAAAGCAAUUAAGCUAUGUUGUAUAUUAUAUCAUUGUCUGAUUGUGUAACAAUUUACGUCUUGUAUAAAUAUAUUAAACAAUCAAAAUGUUUAAUUUAAUUCCUCAAUGACAAUAAUUUUGUUAUAUCAUUGAUAAAAUCAUUUUUUAAGACUGUUUUAGUAGAAUAGUAAUUUAUUCUUAGCUGAUUUAUUUCCCUAAGCACUUGAUUUUAUUUUUUCAAUAGAAACUUUUACACAAACAAUAUCACUUGAGGUUUAUAUAAAACAUUUUUAUUUAGGUACCAAAUAUUAUAUUAUAUUUUCUUAAAUAUUUUUUAAUACUUAACAAUGCUAUUGUAAAUUAACUUUAAUUC